AUGAACGAGUUCUAUGAAUUAGUACUUGCCUUUUCAUUCUGUCUUAGCGUUGUGGCUGCAUUGCCAACGACGGAAAAAUCAGAGGAAGACGACGGAUUACAAAGAAUAGUAGAUGUUCUCGAAAAACACUUCAAUCAGCAAAAAUUGACGUCAAAUGAACAACAAAAGUUGACGUCAAAUGAACAACAAAAAUUGACGUCAAAUGAACAACAAAAAUUGACGUCAAAUGAACAACAAAAAUUGACGUCAAAUGAACAACAAAGGUCCAACGAAGUAGAAGAAAAGGGUAAACUUUGUCCGGACAAUGAAGAAGAUGCCGAAAGGCAAACAGUUCAUAUAGAUGGACAUAAUGAAAAGCCCAAUGAUUUAUGUGUAAACAAGGAACAAGAACAGGACGACGAGAAAGACCGACCACCGCCAGUAGUUUUUGGAAUAAGAAAGUUCUCAGAACGAGAGAAGAGAAAUUUUGGAAUCUCUACAAGUCGUCUAUGGACAAACGGUGUGAUACCAUACGUCAUUGAUGCCGAUUCUUUUGGUUCAAGACUAAGUAAAGCAACCACUCUUGUUCAGGAAACUGCUCACAAUAUUUCCCAAACUACGUGUGUGAAGUGGAGGUUGAAAACACCUGAGGAUAAAUAUUUCAUAAAAUUUAUCGGAAAUCAUAUUGGAUGUUGGUCAUACCUUGGUAAUAUGAGCAUGGAAGGUGGACAACCAAUAUCCCUUAGUAAUGGAUGUUUAGAUGCAUAUGUCAUAUUACAUGAAAUGCACCAUGCGAUGGGAGGGAUUCACGAACAACAGAGAGACAGAAGAAAGAAUUUUGUGAAGAUCAACUGGGAAAAUAUCGAGACUCAAUUUACUGAUCAGUUUGUCCUCAAUCUACAUACGAAAAACAGAGAAAUCUACGACUAUAGGUCUAUUUUGCAAUACCAUCUAAAAUCCUUUUCGUCAAGUUUUAAGAAAACAAUGACAAUACCUGAUGAGGACCUUGAGUACCUAAUUUCUAAUCCCAAGUACAGCUUCUCAUUCUACGACAUAGCAGAAGUUAACAAAGCGUAUAGAUGUGCAACGGCUAGUUGCAGUUUAACCUGUAAGAACGACGGCUUUAGAAUGCAGGCUGUGGACCAGAAGACAUGUCAUUGUCAAUGUCCUUCCGGGUUAAAAGGCACAACUUGUGAAGAGUUGGACACAGACGACGAUUGUGGAGAAACCAUAACAAUCUUGAACGGCGAAUCACGUGACAUUAAUUUGUUAUCCUACAGAUCAGGAAAAACAUGCACAUGGCUGGUGAAGGCUGAAUCUGAUUCAGUAAUUAGAGCCAUCGUCACAUCCAUUGAUCUCCCCUACAGCGCAAGAAAGGAGUGCUACCAUUGGCUGGAAAUCCGUGAUUACCUCAUCGGAGAUCCUGGAAAAGAAUUGUGUGGAAAAUCUGCGACGCCAAAAACAUACACCCAAUUUAAUAUUGGUGAGGGAUCGCCUUUAAUGAUCAGGUUCCACAGUAAGAGGGACCACACGCCAGGGACAGGUUUCUCCAUCACAGUGGAGGCCUUUCAAUCAGGCUGUAUGAGUUUCCCUUGCAAAACGGGGUCAACAUGCGCAGAGGGAGGCGGAGACGGAUCGUACACAUGUACCUGUAAAAACGGACUGACAGGAACACACUGUGAUGAAUUUAAAGCACUCUCACAAAAUUUCUGUAAUUUUGAGGAUGAUUUUGGGACAUGUAUAUUUGACCAAGAUACAUCCGGGGCAUCAGACAUUCUUUGGAGCUUCAAUUCGAAACUUUGUAAGACUGCAAAAGAACAGUGUUUGACACAUGGCACUGACUACCAGUUUCUCACCAUGACACCAUUCUACGACGAUGUUCCAUUUGACAUUGGAUCAAAAGCCAUCAUCAAAACGACGGUCAAGUUCACAGCAAAUGACCGAUGCCUAUCUUUCGAUUAUGCUGUUGGGACGUUUCCAUCCGGGCUUCCUUCUACUCAGCUUAAUGUACUUGUGGAAGGAACUGGACACACAAAGACCAAAUUAUAUAAUGUCAAAACAACUACAAAUUACAAGUGGCAGACAGCAAGAGUAUCCAUAGAAUCAAUGGAGGAUUUAGUGAUAAGUAUAGAAGGCAUUAUGGGAUAUUCUUUUAUUGGAGUGGACAAUAUCUAUCUUCGCCCAGGAUCAUGCACAAUCUGUAAUCUCAAUCCAUGUAAAAAUGGCGGGACUUGUGAGGCAUCUAAUUCACCAACCGGAUCGGAGUACACAUGUUCUUGUCCGGAAGGCUUUUCAGGGAAAAUGUGUGAAAUCGAUGUUUGUGAUUGUCAAAAUGGAGGAAGUUGUGUGGCAGACCACGUCAGUAUAGGAGGUUACACGUGCAGCUGUCUAACUGGUUAUGUUGGGGACAGAUGUGAAGGUAAAUUAUGA